CGGGGGUGGGCACGGAGGAAGUGGUGCUGAUAGGGAGGGUGGAACCCGGCGUUGUACAUUUCACUCUCCUGGAAGUGUGAGUGUUGUCUUCCGAAGUGAUACAUACAAGCUCUCAGCAAAACUCAGGAGUAUAAAAAGCGAGCGGAUUUCUUCUUGCUCCGUGUUCUUCUGGCAGUUUUUACAUUUCAUUUAAUUAACCCCCCGGUGUUUUUGAAGCAGCCCCAUGGGCGGUGCAAACCCUGUGCCUGGCUCUCGGUCCGGAGCCUGGCGGGGGCGGGCAGCGUGCCCUGGGCUGGCAGCCGCUGCCCGAGGAAAUGCCUGUAGGGCAGCACUUUCUCCGCCCGUCCUCGCUGCCCAGACACAGCCCUGCAGUGUUUUACCUCCACUAGCUAGUAAGUCCGAAAGGAGGAUUCUAACUUCGAAAUGGCUUGGUGAAAGUCCUGCUUAGCAAACUGUAACAAAUCCGGUUUGGAUGGAACCUGCUGGAAUGCUGUGCGAGGCUGCCGCCGCGUAUCUUCAACAGGGAUCCAGCUUUGGGCAGGGCAGUGUAAUCGUCGCCAUCAAUGUUACAGAGGGAGUCCUUGAGAUGGCAGCAAUGGCAGAAUUCAACAACAUCCCCCCAGUGACUGAAAUGCCAGAAGGAGACGAUGCUAAACGCAGUUUCCAUCACAGAAUAUUCUUGGAACCCCAAGAGAAGAAGAGGAGCAUGAAGGCCCUGGUGAUUAAGCAAGCAAAGAAAACUUGCAGCUGUACUCCAGCCAAAGUUAAAGAUUAUGUUUUCAAUUUCUUUCCCUUCUUGCAGUGGCUUCCUAAAUAUAAACUAAGAGAGUACCUACUGGGAGACAUAAUGUCUGGUGUGAUUGUGGGGGUCUUAUUAGUCCCACAGUCAAUUGCCUAUUCUCUCUUGGCUGGACAGGAGCCUAUUUAUGGCCUGUAUACAUCUUUUUUCGCUGGCAUAGUUUAUUUCCUCUUUGGAACCUCCCGCCACAUCUCAGUUGGCAUCUUUGGUGUGCUUUCCCUGAUGGUAGGAGAAGUGGUGGAUCGUGAAUUACAGCAAGCUGGCUAUGACUUAGAGCCAGCUGUGCUUGGGGUGCUUGCAGAUACAGCAGCCUAUGAAAACACCACAAUUGUGCCUGUGAAUCAGACGUUGCAGAAGCUGCUCUGUGAUAAAAGCUGCUAUGCAAUUGCAGUAGGAACCACCAUGACCUUCAUAGUUGGAGUUUAUCAGGUGGCCAUGGGUUUCUUUCACGUUGGCUUUGUCUCAGUGUACCUCUCUGAUUCGUUACUGAGUGGAUUUGUCACAGGUGCUUCCUUCACUGUCCUAACUUCACAAGCCAAGUAUAUCCUGGGCCUGAACAUUCCACGGAGCAAUGGCAUUGGCUCCCUCAUAACCACGUGGAUAAACAUCUUCAGGAACAUACACAAGACCAACAUCUGUGAUCUCAUCACCAGCCUUUUGUGCUUUCUUGUACUUAUACCAACCAAAGAGCUCAAUGAACGUUUUAAGUCCAGGCUCAAGGCUCCAGUACCAGUUGAACUAGCUGUGGUUGUAGCAGCUACUCUGGCAUCUCACUUUGGGAAGCUGAGAGACACUUACGGCUCGAGCAUUGCUGGACACAUCCCAACUGGGUUUCUGCCACCUCAGCCUCCAGAGUGGAGCCUGAUUCCUAAUGUGGCUUUGGAUGCUAUCCCCAUAGCUAUUAUUGGCUUUGCCAUCACCGUCUCCCUCUCAGAGAUGUUUGCCAAGAAGCAUGGUUACUCUGUGAAGGUCAACCAGGAAAUGUAUGCCAUUGGCUUCUGCAACAUCAUUCCCACUUUCUUCCAUUGCUUCACAACGAGUGCAGCUCUUGCUAAGACUCUUGUGAAGGAGUCCACAGGCUGUAGGACACAGAUAUCUGGCUUGAUAACUAGUUUGGUAAUCCUGCUAGUCCUCCUUGUGAUUGCACCUUUGUUUUAUUCCCUUCAGAAGUGUGUCCUUGCUGUCAUAACCAUUGUAAACCUCAGAGGAGCCCUGCGCAAGUUCAAGGACCUGCCAAAGAUGUGGCAUUUGAGCAGAGUGGACACGGUGAUCUGGUUAGUUACCAUGGCAGCCACAUCACUCAUCAGUACUGAGAUUGGUCUCUUGGUUGGUGUUUGCUUCUCUAUGCUCUGUGUCAUCUUCCGAACUCAGAGACCGGAGGCACCGCUGCUUGGCUGGGUGGCAGAAUCCGAGACCUAUGAAUCCCUGUCUGCUUACAAGAACUUGCAAACCAAGCCAGGAAUCGUGGUGUUCCGUUUUGAAGCACCUCUGUACUACAUCAACAAAGAGUGCUUUAAAUCCACCCUGUACAAGCAAACUGGGGUCAACCCAGUCUGGGUGAAGGCAGCAAAGAAAAAGGCAGCCAAAAGGAUGCUUAGAGAGAAAGAAGUGGAUUCUGGUGGCAACCAGACCAACAUCUCCGUGGAUUUUGUCUCUGAACCUCUUGGGUUUCACACAAUAGUGAUUGACUGUUGUGCAGUACAGUUCCUGGACACAGCAGGAAUACGCACGCUCAAAGAGGUCUGCAAGGACUACAGGGACAUAGAUGUCCAGGUACUACUGGCCCAGUGCAAUCCUUCAGUGAGGAGCUCCCUGAUCCGAGGAGAGUUCUUUAAAGAGGGGGAGGACCACCUUCUCUUCCACAGUGUGCACCAGGCUGUGGACUUUGCCUUGGAUGUACAGGGGCACGAUGGGACCGGCACUUCUAAGAACUAACUUUGGAAAGGCAGCAAGCUGGAGCAAAGCCUGGGAGAAAAUGGCUGUGGAGCAGUAUGUCUAUGCAAUAUAUAUAUAUAUGCACUCAGAUAAAAAGAGACAAGGUGGUUGUUAACACACUGAUUACUGUGCAGUCUGUGUUGAUGCUUUAAAUUUGCCUGCUGGAUAUAGUAAUUCAAUAGGUGGCACCGAAUGAAGGUGAUUCUUAACUUGAUUAUGGCCAAUCUGUGAAUCUUAAGAUGGUUGUUCAUCUCAUUUCUCUUCUUUCUAAAACUUUCCAUGUCUCAGUUCCUCUCUGGGUUUUCAUUGUCAGCACUGAAGUUUCUAUCAUAACCCUGUCCUUACGGCUGGGACGGGAUUUUGAAGUUACCUGGACAUCUUGUCCAGACAAAUCAAGAGAGGCAGCUGGUAUCUUGUCCCUCAUUUUUGGCAUUGCUUUUCCAUAUCACUCCACCCUUGUGUUUUCAAAGGAAUUGUUGAUGGUAUCUGUGAUUUUGUAGCCUCCUUGAAUUUGAUACAGAUACAACUUUUAUUCAGAGGUGACUGUUUAGAAGUCUGAUUCGUGCUUAUGGCCAGUCAUUUGUUUUCCUAACGUUUAGGAGCUCUUUAGAAUGUGGACAUUAGGUAGGGAAAGUCUCUAAUCCUUGAAUUUCAGCAGAAAACAAUGCCUUAUAGUCAGUUUUGUGUGACAGGCAGACAGAAUCACAGGCAUCAAAAUAAGAAGGGCUGAAUAGAUUAUCCACCAUCUGUCCAAAUUUGUCCAUGUCAACACUAACUACAUGUGUGGAUGGAGCUUUUAUUGACCUUAGGCCCUUUACGUGGGCUCUAUCGUGGAUGUUGUAUAACAGGGAUAGACAACCCAAAAAAUACAGGCAUUAGGAAAGGAGCCAGAGGAAAUCUUUGCUGAAAGUUCUUUCACUGUGUUAGUGAAAACAGAACUUUGCACUUUGAUUUUAAAUUAUGCAGAACAGAGAAGAGUGCUUAUUCUUCAUCCUGAAGUGCAAGCACUGGGUAGGGAGAGGUGCUCUUUUCUAACACCAAUAGAAUACAAUUAUGAAGGCAGAACUGAGAGAUGAACAGUUUUUACUGAGUACUAGCUAUACAUAGCACACAGUACAUCCUUGGAAGAUGGUGGAGUCUCCCAGGAGAGUUUGUCGUCUAAAUUACAGGCUCUUCACAGCUUUCAAAAGGGAAAAGGUGCUGUAUGCAGACAAUGUUCUCAUCUUUAAUCAUGCAAAAAUAAUGUCAGGAGUAAAACAAAGGAAAAAAUGCAGUAUGAAUUGUGAAAUGUUUUCUGAACAGACAUGUAUUUUGAGUUUAGGAAUGUUAUCUCUUUUUUUUUUUCUGAGUUAGGACCAGUAACUAUUCUUUUCUUCUUAUGAGAGCUGCAAUGUCACAUAUCACUUUAGUCUAAGAGGUGGGACCUCAAGAGAAGGAUUAGAAAACAGCAAGAUGAGUUCCAGGACCUGGCAGCUUUCAUAUGUUAACUGAACCUACCACAUGUUUUAGGACAUCAUAGCAGUGUACAGAUAUACUGUGGGAGAUGGGGGAUGGUUGUAGCAUAUAUUGAAAAGGAGCACGAAACUCAGAUUUCUCUGUGUUUUCUCUGUUCUAGAACUGGCAUUGUUAAGGAAACAGGGCUCCAAGAGAAAAUGCUAAAGCUUCUGCAGUAGUCAAACCCACAAGUAUUGUUCUUUCUCAGCCUUAAGGCAUGUUUAUAUGGGGAGAUGAAUCCCAAACAGCUACUGCCAAAUUUUCUCUCCUUUUUUUUUUUCCCCUGCAGUAACCUCCCAUGUGAAAUUUUUUGUUCUGGGCUAAGAAUCCUUUAUGCAGUUUGGAUAAUUAUAAUUACUGAAUUGUUAUUACCAGGGUGGAUUAGCCUAAGCCCUAUAAAAGCUGUGAGUGUGGUUACCACCUCACAGGGGGAAUGAGCACAGGAUGGAGAUUACCUUUUAAUUCCUCACUAUACCUGUUCUGGGUUGAGUUCCCAUUCAGAACCCCCCGGGUUGGUGUCAAGAGAUUGCUGUGACAGCUGGGUGCCAGCUUGGGAAGGCUUGUCACUGUGGGGGUGGUUUGUACUGAGCUUUUCACCAGAGGUCUGUUUGUGCGGGGCCACUGACACCUGGCUGGUGUCUGGGGAGCCGUGCAGACCUAUACAUGUGCAUUCAGCUGGUGGCAGUGCCAUGGCCUGGGGGAGUCUCUUUUCAGCACAGUUUGGUCCCUGAAAGCAUCUCUAGAACUCUGAACAAAAGCCUUGAUACCAUUUUAAAAUGCUGAUUGUAAUGAGUAUUUCUCAAGUGAGCCAAAGGUUGCUAGGUGCAAUGCCUGCUUGUCAAAGCCCUGAUGAAAAAUCACAGCACAGCAAAUAAUGAGCAGUGUAGUUGUUACUGCACAUGUUCCUGCCUACCUGCAGCUACUUAUUCUCACUCCUUUGCCCCUCAGAUGUGAGCAGCUGCGAGGCAGAGGAAGAAUUAGCAGAUGGCCAGGAGACUUCCUCUGAGUCAGGUCAGCUACAGGUAGGGUAGAAGUAGAAACUGCUCUGGAUGAUUCUUCCCUCUUGACACCCACAUCUCUGCUCUCCUGUACUCUUUCUGUGCUGCCUAGGUGGAGAUUUUUUUGACCUGUGACCCUAUACAAGUUUGUGUAGCCAAAUUAUAGCUGAGAAGAGGAAAAUAACAAUUAUUAAAAGGUGUUUUUUCAAAUCCAUUUCUACUCAUGCCAAGAAGGGAGGAACAGCAAUGUUACUUCCAAGAAAUACACACUUUCCUCUGCUAGCAGGAUGCAUAUUUAUAGCUCUUGGGUAUUUGUUUGCAUAAAAGCACAAUAAAAGAGCCAUAAAUUGAUUUUUUCCCCAAAGAAUUAAUCUAGAUUACAGAUAAAAGAUGGACUGAAGUGAUUUAUGCUUAGCUAGAGCACAUUGUAGUUGGCUUCGGUGCUGUUUGUGCAGCCACAACUGGCAGUAGUGCCUCCAAAUUCCACUUCAAUCAAAACACAAGAAAUGAUAUUAAAAUGCAACAGCAGAAGCAGCCAGCCAGCCUAAAGGACAACUUUUGAUGUUCUUAUUUAAGAUCAUGUUGAGAGGUCAUAAUAUUAAAAAGCCUGUGUUAAUGCACACAGCUAUGGGUAAAAGGGAACAGAAACAAAUGCCAUUUGCCAGAGAGUUGGGUAUAAUAGAGAGUCCUUUGGAAUUGACUAAAGAUUGGAUUCAUGGCUGGAAUUUCUUAAAACAGUGGGUUUUCAGCCCUUUUCCUUUUAGCCUAGAAUAAAUUUUGGCAGAGAGGUGAAUCUGAUUUAAGCCUACUGGCAAGAAGCACAUUUUGCUUGAGUAUGUUUAUGGACCCUUUGGAAGUAGUUCAAUUUCACCUUUAGCAAUCAGGGACCACUGAUUGAAAACUGUUGCUCUAAAGAAUUUGUUUUUUAAGGGAAUCUCAUAUAUAUACACACUUACAUAUGUGUGUACAUAUAUAUCUCCACACACAGCUUUUGCUGCUGUAUGAUGGAUGCAGCAGCUCUGUAUAUCCAAUGAUACUUGUUUCUGUCCUGGAGAGGGCUCUUCUGCCGCCUUCUGUUUUAAAUGAACAGUAGAAAACACGUACCAGGUUUCAUAUGGGGAAAUCUGCUGUACCCACUGCCUUCUAGGCCUUCCCAUACCCCUGCCUCACAGUUUAAUUUGUAAUCUAUAGGAAGAGAGAAUCUCAGAAUGAUUGGUUUGUGUUUAUGCAUCUGUCCAGAAUAGGAACAUUCAUCCCAGGUGCAACCUUCAAAACCCCAGGCCAGGCCGGAAGAUGGUAUAAAUCAGUUGAUCUCCAUUCCCAAGUGUACUAAUCAGCAAUUAUCAGUCUAAAUGAAGAAUUAGGAGAUCAUUAGCACAUUCAUUAAUGACAACAACACAGCAUUAUGGAAAUUAACACUCAGAGUCUCAGCCACACUAAAGACUUCUGGAAAUGUAAGUAGUCUCCUGCUAAAUGUCAGGCUCUUUUUAAUGUUUAUUGCUGCUAUAGAUAGUAGUGUCAGUUCCUCCCAGUGUGGCAUUUGCACCAGUAAAUGUUUUACUUGUGUGAAUGUUUUGACACUGAAGCAAUGUUCAGUCCACUUUAUAGACCAGGCAAAGGUACUGCAGUGGGGCACAUGGUGCUUGUUUUUGAUUUAUAAUGACAUUACCAGCCUUAGUCUUGUGUGAUUUAGUGAUCCAGAUUUCCUUGUGAGCUGUUGUAGGUUCAUCUGCUCCCCUCUAACUCACUCCAGAUCCACCUCCACCUUCUCGAUGCUUCUUUCUGGGUGUUGCUGUAAGACCUUGCAUGUGGUUGACUGUAAAUAGAAGAAUCAUUGCCUUUAUGUAUGUUGUUACUACCUGUCACCUGCUACUCAAUUUUCAUGCCAGACCUUUUGAUAAAGCUAAAGCUUCUGAAAAGAGAGUGUAGUUUAUCCCCCAAACCCCACUGGUCCUCUGUGUGCUGGGACUGUGGGCAGCUGGUGUGUUCUGCCAUGAGUGUGCUGGAGCCUGAGCCCAGUGUGGGGCUGUGCCAGGGUUUGUGUAACUGCAGGAGUAACAGUACUACCCAGGAAUGACAUUAACCCAGAGGUGUCUGUUGGGGCACUGUGACACUGUGUUACGUAGCCAUGUGCCUUUCUCCAUAGUGAGUAUAAUAAUAACACAGGACCUAGUUUCUGCCCAGUGCUGCUGCAUGAGUCACUGUCCUGAGUGGCAUAUGUAAGGGAUUCCAUGCUUAUUUAGUUUUAUCUAAUUUUAAUGGAAGCCUGCACGAGGCUCUCCCAGCCUGGGCAGCAGAGCUUCCAUGGCUGCAGUGCUCCUUCCCUUUGGGCUGCAGUCAUGAGGGGAAAGGUGCUCUCUCUUGGGGAAAAACACAGCCUUUGCUUCAUAUCCACUCCCUUCUGCUGGCUGGGGUCAAGAGACAUUAAAAUCCACUGCUGAUGAGCGUGAGGUGCAGAGGUGAGGUAUUGCAGGCAGGAAAGCAUCCUACCUGCCCCACCAGGGUUUUAAGCUGGUCAAUACUCAGCUGCUGAGGUCAGCCAUGAACUCUGCCUAUGCCAGAUCCUAGAGAUAAAUCUUACUGGUGGGGUCCAGUCUUUCUGUGGCCAAACCUCCCUCGAGAACACCGCUUCCCUGGAUAUCUCCUUGGGUCCAGUUCUCUGAACCUUUCACCCAAAGGCUGUGCUAACUCACUGUCCCCCACCAUGCUUAGCUACCUGCUGUCAUCCAGACUGCUGGUACAAAGGGCUUCUGAGAGGUUGAAGUGCAGGACUACCUGUGCUGGGCAUGCAGCAGGGAUCACCCAGGCUCAGCAGUGGCACAGCGAGGAGCAUGGCUGGGCUAUAGGAAGCUGCUGGUCCAGAAGAAGAUGUACAAAUUGGAACAAGAGGCAGCCCUUUGAGGGUGAAACUCUUCAGGCAAGCAGUUUGUUUCAGGGCAUUAUCUGAUGUGGGGCUUUUUUCCCCCACAUGCUUUUGGGAAGGUGAACAAAUGAUUGAGGUAAUGGACACGGUUUAAUUCUUUUUACCAAUAAGGCAAAGCUCAUGAAGCUGUGAUGCAGACAGCAGUCAUCUGCUGCUCAAUCCAUACCAGGUGCUUUUAUCUCUCUUAAGUUAUUUUGCUUUGCUGAGUCUCAGUAUAAGAUACCAUUGUGUGACUUCAAUAUUGAUGUACCUGUCUGCACUAGAAGGGCUUUGCACUUGUACUAUGCUGGCAUAGAUAAAAGCAGCAGUGUCUUUAGUGCAGACAUUGCAUGGUGAAUGACCUUGUUAACUCCCAAGAGUUACUUGUGCUUGAUUAUCAUGUUUGUAAGCUUUUGUAGGAUCAGCUGCUCAUGUGUAAAAACUACCUGAUCUUUACAGUUUCAGUCAAAUUCCACUUGAGGUGGAACUAGUUCUGAAUCCUGCUCUUUCUUUUGAGAAAGCGAGGCCUCUGGUUAGGGAAAAAGGCAAAUAUUGUAUCUAUUUCAUAGAAUAAUUAGUACCUUUCUCUUUUAUUUUCCAUAUUGCUAUUCACUAAUGUGCAAAUACAGAGGAACUGUUUCAGGAUUGGAUAGAGAAUCAAGUCUCCAUUGAGUAAAUUUACUGCCAAAAACAUUGUAAUUCCAGCUCUGAAAGCACUUAGCUCUUAGUCUGACUCCCAGAUGAUCUCAGGACUCCCCAGGAAGAAAGGAAGUGAAACAUUUUGCUGGACUUAGGUCCAGUUCUUUUGUGUCUUAUUUUUUUACAUAAGGAAGUAAAUUUUAUCUAUAUUUGAAAUGCAACUGAAACAUGAUUAAGGAAAGGUAAAGCCUCACUUUUUCUGAAGAGCACAUGAUGUUUUGAGUUCAUGGGACUCUCAAGUCCCUGACCAUCAUCUCUGGCAUCUUGAUAUGUUCUGGGGGAUGAUUUUUGACUUAUUUAAAAUGCAGAAUAAUUUGAGCUACAUGUGAGAGUGUCUUUUAGAAUAACCAAAAUGACAGAUUUUGCCUGGAGUAGGUUUUUAAAGUUGGGGAAUCAGUUCAACCCAAUGACCUCAGGAAUGGAACAGAGCAUUGGUCGGCUGACCUAACCAGUUUACAAAAUCCUUGAUUUGAUUACAAUGUGGAAAAGUUGUUUACUAUGUAUAAAAGCUUGUCUUACUCUUUACUGUGACUGAUCUGUGCAGUAAAACCAAAGUGUGUUAAGGUUUCCUGCAUUGGGGUGGUGGAUUGGGAGUGCUGGGUGGGGUGCUUGCUGGCACAGACCUUGCCUUGUGCCCAACCUGGGGGGAGAUGUGUUGCCAUUGGCCCCUCAUUGAGUGCUGUGCUCACUGACCAAACCUUUGUCAUGUAAGUUGUGUUUUGUCAAUCAUCUUCUCAUGUCCUACUGUCAGCUAUGGGAUAUAGCCUCUGGAUGUUGUUGACUGUCCUUUGCACUCCCUCUGUUAGAUCUGUAUCAAUUGUCAUUUGAAAAUGCUGAUGUGCCUUAUUGUAGAUUUGUUAGCACAUGAAUUUUCUGUCAUAUAUGGGCAAAUCUUUGGGAUCUAUCACCAUUAA